AUGGCCACAUUUCAGGUUUUGUUUGAUACCUGCCAGGUGUGGCCACCAGGUGGAGUGAGAGUCCCAGAUCUGUUGCUAUUCUGGCUGAGUGCACUCUGGCCUCAGCUCCUGGCCAUCCCCCUGAGCUCCUCCAACUACCUGCCCCAGAACUUCCUUCCCCAAAUCCAGGAGCAAGUGAGGAAGAUCCAGAAUGACAUCGAAGAGCUGCAGCAGAGAUUGUGUGCUGACUACAGCCUAUGCCAUCCAGAGGAGCUGAUUUUGGUCGGCCAGUAUCUGGGCAUCCCCAAGCCACCUCUGAAAAACUGUUAUAGUCAGGACUUGAGCAUGGUAGCCUGCCUGAAUCAGCUGCACUAUGGACUCCAGCUCUACCAGGGUCUUGUGAAAGCAUUGGGGGGCAUCUCCCCUGAAUUGGCUCCAACUCUGAACAUCCUGCAGCUCGAUAUUGGUGAUUUUGCUGCCAACAUCUGGCAACAGAUGGAAGAUCUUCAAGUGGCACCUGAGAUCAUGCCUAUCCAGGGCACCCUGCCCACCUUCAGUUCCUCCUUCCAGCGUCGAGCAGGAGCCGUCCUCAUCUUUGACUACAUGCAGGGCUUCCUGGACAUGACAUACCGGGACCUGCGCCAUCUUUCCCAGUCCUGAGUUAAUCCCAUAUUUAUCCCCUAUUUAAUAUUUAUGUAUUUAAACUUAGCAAGAUAUUUAAAGGGUGGAAGGGACUGGAGUCCCCCCCACCCCAAUCCCAUUCUAGGUCACAGUCAGUGUCCCUGCUCAUAGCAGGGGAAAAUCCUGACCAGCCAUCCUGGAGGCUGGAAGAUUAAUAGGUAAAUACCAAGUAUUGCCAUAAAAUGACCAAUCUCCAGGUGGGAGAUGCUUCGUUGUUUAAUAUUUAAACAGCAAUGUUCCCUAGGUAAAUACUGGUACCCACUCUCCUGGCCUGGCCCCGGCUGGGUUGGAGGCAGAGCCUAAAUCACCAGUCUUGCCAGGGUCAAUCCAACUCUUCUCUGGUUUUUCCUUUGCCUCAUGGGAAAAGCUCUUUGCAGAACAAAGGAAGCUUUGGCUGGGAGGUGCUGAGAAUGUAAGCUCCUUGAGGGCAGGCACUGUUUUUCAUUUUUGUGUUUGCAUCCCCAGCGCUAAGCACAUUGUAGGCAUUUUAAUAAAUGUCUGUGGAAUUGCACCUGAAAUCCUACUAAUUCUGUGUGGAGUAAUUUUCUUUUCAAGAAUUUGGGGUAUGCAGAAGGUAUUUAUGGGAGAUCAGAGGUGGUCCCUGAAGUCCUUCUAGGCUCAGGGCAUUUGUGAUGGCCUGUCAUUUUUAGUCCUGGUAUCUAGCUGCUGAGUAGAUCCCCAGCUAGCUUUCUGAGAAGGGAAGGUAGGGCCGGGAGGGGCUCCCCAAACCGGAGGUCUGUCUCCU